AUGCUCACAGGUGUGCUGCAGGAUUGGGUGUGGGAGGCUGGUGAAACAGCCAACGAGAGCUGCCCAGUGGGGUCGUUGCGGACGGCCUCUGCCGUGAAUUCUUGUCACCAGGGCCGCAUCCCUCUUUUUACAGUCGGAGUGGAGUCCACCAAGCAGGUCCAAGAGGCAGUUCGGUUUGCAAGGAAGCACAACCUUCGCCUUGUCAUUCGUAAUACUGGACAUGAUCUAGCGGGGAGAUCGAGUGCCCCAGACUCCUUUCAAAUCCAUACUCAUCACUUACAGGAGAUUCAAUUCCAUGCUGAUAUGCGACUGGAUGGGUCGAAUACAUCCCUUGGGCCAGCAGUGACUGUUGGUGCAGGCGUAAUGAUGGGGAAUUUAUAUGCUCAAGCUGCUCGUCAUGGUUACAUGGUGCUUGGCGGAGACUGCCCGACAGUCGGGGUAGUUGGAGGUUUCCUCCAGGGAGGUGGGAUUUCUGACUUUCUAAGUCUAAACCAAGGUUUUGGUGUUGACAACGUGCUCGAGUAUGAGGUUGUUACAGCAGAUGGGGAGCUCGUAGUUGCUAAUGCACUCCAAAACCAAGACCUUUUUUGGGCUCUCCGUGGCGGUGGAGGUGGGACAUUUGGGGUUGUCACUCGAGCUACCAUGCGUGUCUUUCCGGAUGUUCCCGUUGUGAUAUCUGAGAUUCUUCUUGAAGCCCCGCAAGCCAUCUCGUCAUCAUGGACCCAGGGACUGUCGAUAGUCCUUACUGCUUUACAAUCGCUUAACCGCGAUAAUGUCGGUGGGCAACUAGUUAUUGCAGUCCUGCCCAAGCUUGCAGUUCAAGCAAGCAUCAAGUUUUUUUUUCUUGACGCAACUGAGGCAACCGUCAUCGAUCGUCGCAUGAAACCAUUCCUAACCAAACUCAGCCGCGCCAACGUCAAAUACACAUAUUCGUCCAAGAACUUACCGCACUUCAGUUCCAAUUACAGACAGGUCCCAGACAUUCACUCUGACAACGAUUACGGCGUCCUUGGAUCUACUGUCGCGAUUUCCCAACAACUAUUCGACUCCCCCCAAGGGCCGGAGAAAGUUGCAACUGCCCUUGCAAACCUCCCUGUAUCUGCUGGUGACCUUAUCUUUACCAGUAAUCUUGGUGGUCGUGUUAUUAGUAAUGGAGAACUGGCAGAAACGUCUAUGCACCCUGCUUGGCGGUCGGCGUCGCAACUCAUUAAUUACGUACACACAGUCGAACCGUCAAUUGAAGGCAGGGCAAAAGCUCGCGAGAGAUUAACCAACACCCAAAUGCCUAUGUUAUAUGCGCUCGAUCCUAAUUUAAAGCUAUCGUACCGCAACGUCGGGGAUCCCAAUGAAAAGGACUUCCAACAAAUCUAUUGGGGACCGAACUAUGGCCGUCUAUCUAACAUCAAGAAGAAAUGGGAUACUGAUGAUCUCUUUUUCAGCAAACUUGGUGUUGGUAGCGAGAGAUGGGACUCUGAAGAACAGCUCUGUUUACUUCAUGCAUAA